AUGCCAGAAUGGUCCUACAGAAUUGAAACCCAGCGAUACUGCGCUCCAUCAUAUGCGCUGCUGCAAAGGGCAUCAGGCAGGGAGCGCGCCGUGACUCUGACGGCGGCGAUUGGCUGCCAGCCAUCGCACGCCGACAUCGAGAGCUCCGAGCUGCCGCCAUUUGACGCCAAGUCGAUCACGCCCGUCCCCACCCACCAGGACAUCUUCGCCAAGACUGAGCGGUCCGCGCUCGACGAGGGUGUGCUGGAUGACGGAUCGACGGCCAACGAGGACCUGUACAAGAACUACCACAUCAAGGUCGACUACAACAGCGAGCAAACAAGGUUUUCGUUCCGCAAGCUCUUAAAGUUCGUCGGCCCCGGUCUGCUGAUCAGCCAGGCGCUUCUCGAUCCAGGAAACAUCGAGAGCGACAUUUCACAGGCAGAAGUGACCGGCUACAAGCUGCUCUGGCUGCUGUUGGUUGCGCACGUCCUGUGCAUGUUUGUGCAGUCAAUGGCAGCGCGCCUGGGCGUGGUCACCGGCAAGCACCUGGCCCAGCACAUCAAGCAGCAGUACCCAAGAUGGUACCGCAUUAUAUUUUGGGCGCUGAGUCGAAUUGGCGAUUAUCGGCGCCGAUGUGCAGGAGGUGGUGGGCACAGCAACGGCGUUCCACAUUCUUACGGGCAUCCCGAUUUGGGCCGCUUCCUAUUUCUCUACAUCCAGCGGUUUGGCGUCCGCGUCACCGAAAUGCUGUUUGGUCUGCUGAUCACGACGCUUGCCGUGUGCUUCUGGAUCGAGAUGAUCAUGGUCAAGCCUGACGCCAAGGAGGUCGUCAAGGGCAUGUUCAUCCCGCGCAUCCCCCACGGCGCUGCAGUGCAGGCCGUCGGCGUCAUUGGGUGCGUCCUGAUGCCACACAACCUGUACCUGCACUCGGCACUCGUAGGCACGCGCAAGCUAGACCGCAGCGAGGCCUCGCGUGUGGGUGCGAUCCGCGAGGCCAUGACGUAUUUCCGCGUCGAGGUGGUGUUCAGUCUUAUCUACGCGUUCCUGAUCAACAUGGCCGUCGGUGGUCGUGUUUGUCAAGGCAAUAGCCAUGAUGGCCGCCAAGGGUCCUGGCUAUGUCUACGGCGUGGGGUGCUGGCGAUCGGCCAGAGCACGACCAUGGCGGGCACGAUGGCCGGCCAGUACGUGACCGAGGGGUUCUGGAACAUCCCGGUCAAGCCGUGGCAGCGAGUGAUCGUGACGCGCGCCAUCUCGCUGGUGCCCGCCCUGGCUGUCGGCAUUGCAGCCACCAACCACAUGGACAUGCUCAGCGAGAUCAUCAACGUCAUCCAGUCUGUGGUCAUGUCAGUAACCAUCAUCCCGCUGCUUAAGCUGCAGAUGUAUCCGGAGGUCAUGGGCAAGGAGUUUGCCUUUGCGCACUACAUCAAGGCUGCGUCGUUUGCGCUCGUCACUGCGAUUAUCGUGCUCAACGCGUACAUGAUCGUCUCUGUCAUUCCUCUGGACUCGGCCGGCAUGUAUGUUGCCCUGCUUCGCUGCCCUGUUCGUCUACAUUUUCGUCGUGCUCCAUGUUGUGCUGUGGCCGCUACUGUGCGUGUGGGAGCGCAAGUCCAUUGUUGA